AUCCGAACACUGUCCUCAAGUCAGAGACAGACACAGAGACUUUAACACACAGGCUUUUACACACAGGAUCUGACCACUGAUCAGACCCAGAGAAACUGGGCUUGGGGAGACUGGGCUGUGCUCCUGCUCCCGGCUUAGAGUAUUUACCGGUAUUUCAUCAGAGCCAAAGGAUGGUCCAUACCCGUGAGGAUGGCUAUAGUGAUGCGUUAAACACUGGCGGUAAUGAUCCCUAUUGUUCUUACGCUACAGAGAUGGACCCGGGCCACAUGCCCUUGGGUUAAGAGACCCAGACUGAUCUGUCUAGAGGGGACUGGAACCCGUACAGUAGUAGUGUAUCCUCUGAAGGGUGCCUAGAUAAGAAAGGGGAGAUUAUUGUUGUAGAUGAGGUAACUGUAAAAGUGGAGGGCGACGUUCCUCCCACAUGGAAUGCAGAAAGUCACCUAGGAGACAAACUCACAGGGCAGAGAUUUAUUAGAUUACAGGGGAAGAUUAGAGACGAAUCUAAAUAUUGCCACCCACUCCUCUUUACAUGCGUUCAGGGAUCGCGACCCAGUGUCUACGUCGAUGGGGUUUUCCGAUUUACAGGGCAGCGUCCUUUUCGAUCUGGUAUUGAACUCAAACGACAGGUCUAGAGCCCAGGCUCAGGGAGGGGGGGCAACAUCAGGUAAUAGUAAAGAGAAACGGUUCAUCUGCAUGUUCUGUAACAAAGGCUUCAGCUGCCCCCAGAAGGUGGAGAUCCACCAGAGGGUCCACACAGGGGUGAAACCCUUCAGCUGUACCCAGUGUAACAUGCGCUUUCUCCAGGCUGGUGACCUGAAGAGGCACCAGAGGGUCCACACAGGGGAGAAAUCCUACAGCUGCCCACAGUGUGAGAAGAGGUUCUCCCGCCAGGACCACCUGAAGAUGCACCUGAAGGUCCACACAGGAGAGAGGCCGUUCGCCUGUACGUACUGCGGGAAGAGGUUCUCAGAAAGGAGAUGCCUCAGGAUACACCAGCAGAAAAAACAUUCCAUUGGAUAACAUCGAAAGUAACCAUUCCGCUCGAUAGCUUCUCACAUUUAGAUCAACCCCUGCAUUAAAGACAAAAAUGAAUUUAUUGUUUUCAGCAGAAAAGAUUCCCAGGUGCAUUUUGGAAUAACCAGAGUAACAGAUUUCAGUGUUGAAUAUUCCUGGGUAGAAUACUGCAUCCAGACAUUGUGUGAUAUAUAAGCCUAAAAAGUCUGUUACAUAUUGUGUAUAUACUGUGUAGGAUGUAUGAUGUUCACAAAAUUUCCCAAGACACCUUUUAUGAGAAAAUGACUGCAGUUUAUCAAGUUCAUGCUGACUUUUUUUGUUGAGGCGGGUACGUGUGUUUUUCAAAUGGCGUAUUAAACACUAAACACUUAUGUUUAAUGAAAACAAAAUGGGACUUCAUUCUAACGACUCUAUAAUAACAAACCUAAUGCAAUGAUAAAUCUUAGCCCUGGCGGCAACGCAAUAGGUCCAGGGUUGUGUCUAAAAAAAUCUUUGCUAUUUUCACAGUGAUAAUUGUGGUUGCAGUAGCUAGUGGUGGCGCAAAAGGGCUGAGUUUUGAUGAAUACAUAAGUUGUAGGAGUGUCAAGGUUUGACCCCUCACUUGGCCAAUCAGAACAUGCUCCAUGGCUAAAUACUGUAUUGCGGUUGUGUAUUUACGGUCUUUUAUGUGUUGCCUUAUCCUCAACUCCGAUUGAUUUGAUUUGUCGGUAAAAAAAAUAAUACAUGUACACACAGUACAAAUAUAUGUUUUUCAAUGUUAUGGAUUGUCUGGGACUUAUUUACAUUAUAGACUCAUUUAAAAAAUAUGAAGAAAAUAUACAUAUACAAUAACACAUACCAACACAUUACAGAGAUACAGACAGAAAAUAGUUAGUUACUCAUUAGCCAGCUUUUGACAUUUUUUUAAAAGGUGGUUAUGAUUGGUAUGGCUGAGUUGCUGUGGUAGUUAGUUCCAUUCAACAGCGCCAGUAUAUACAAAUGUGUUCUUACCAGGUAGAAUGUUAACAAGGAAUAUUAUUAUCUGGCUAGUUGGGGAUAGGGUCCUGGGGGCUGAGUCUGGGAUAAUGUUGUAGACCAGACCAAGUUGAAUUAAUAGUACUCUUUUUUGUUCCCAACGGAUAGCCAGCCAAGCAGCAUAAAAUGCUCGACCCCCUAGAGUUGAUGCCCGCGUGGAAAUUAAAUUAGCAUUCAAAAAUAUCCCCAUCAAAAUCUGUUUAAGUUAGAGACAUCAUAUUUUUUUGUGUAUGGGCUGCGUCGCAAUCCUCCGCAUCCGCCAAUAGCAGCCUUUCGUAUCUGCGGUGGAAGGUGGCCGAGCUACAGCGGUGUUUGUUAGACCAUGAGACAUCUCUCAAAUCGGUUUUCUCACAAAAACGUCUGUAGUGUCCAAACCUGACCAUAACCAGACACUCCAGUACAAUCAGGUAGCUUCUCAACCAAAUGUGUGGCAACUGUUGUGAAAAAGGUAUUGAAACUAUCAGCUACCACUUCCUUGUCUGAUUGUAUUUCCCCAUUGACCUCCAGACCAAUGCUUUUACAAUUUGCAUUCUUCCCUGUCGCUAUGUUUAGUGACUGCCACAACUUCCUAUUUUCACAAAUUUGACCUCAUCUGACUAGAUUUGUUCCUUAGGGUUGUGUGUCUAUUGAGAGCCUCUUCAUCUUCGGUACUGUUAUAUUCUUGAAAAUAAGUAUUUCUUCAUUUAAUGGCCUUAAUGAUUUCCUGAUUCAUUCAAGGUUCAGUUCUUUAAUUCUAACAGUUUUCCAUGGAGGCAAAGUAUUCACAAUGCUUAAGAAACAUUUGUUCAAAUAGUUCUAUCCUGUUUAUUUUUUUAACAAAACCACAAAAAAUAUAUAUAUAUUUUAGUUUUUCUCAUUUUAUAAUCCAUAUCUAGACAUGUAAGUACCGGGUCCCAGUUAACUUUACUCAAUUGGUCAAUAAAUGCAUCUUUGUUAUCAUGUUUCAGAGAUCUCACAGUUAUUGUGUCAUAACGUGGUGUAAAACUUGCCGCCAUUGGACUCUGGAGCAGUGGAAACGCGUUCUCUGGAGUGAUGAAUCACACUUCACCGUCUGACAGUUCGAUGGAUGAAUCUGGGUUUGGUGGAUGCAAGGAGAAAGCUACUUGCCCCAAUGCAUAGUGCCAACUGUGAAGUUAGGAGGAGGAAUAAUGCUCUGGGGCUGUUUACCAUGGUUCCAGCGAGGCCUAUUAGUUCCAGUGUAGGGAAAUCUUAACACCACAGCAUACAUUGACAUUGUAGAUGAUUCUUUGCUUCCAACUUUGUGGCAACAAUUUGGGGAAGACUCUUUCCUGUUUCAGCAUGACAAUGCCCGCGUGCACAAUGCGAGGUGCAUACAUCAAUAAUUUGUUGAGAUCGAUGUGGAAGAACUUGACUGGCUUUAACCCAUUUUAUAAGAGAUUCUCCUAAAU